CUACACUUUGUUAUAAGUAGUAUAAGUAUUUUUGAUACAAAUUCAGCUUUUGUGUCAAUAAAAAAAUGACCUAUACUUUGUAAGAUGGUGGCACGUACACACCGCGAUCUCCCGUUUUGAAGUUAUGAUUUAUUUAUAAUAUAUAUAAUAAAUGUAUCUGCCAACAUCGUAUGGCGUUGAAUGGGGCCACAGUUGAUGUCAGUUACAAAGACGACGGGGGGCCAACAGGUGCUUCAGUGUCUCGUCUGACAGUAAUCUUAUUAUGUCUGAUGGUUGCUGGGCUGCGGGGGGGGGGCAGAUUAUUUUGAUGGUUUUUGCCACAAGUCACAAGAAACCUUUUUGUUUAGCAUCACCUACCAGGACUUGUAUGUGGUCAAUGGGGGUGUCCAACUGUUUUGUGUGUGGUGUUUUUAGGCUGGGGAGUUUGGGAGAGACCAGACUUCCACUGGCGGUGGGGGGCAGCAGAGACGACAAGCAGCCAUUAUGCUACACGUCACUACGAUACCUGGAGAAACAGGGAGUGCUGUGGGGCAAGAGCAGAGAGGAGCUGCACCUGAGAAUCUACUCUCAGAAGCCAGUCAGAGGCUGGGAGGGUCAACCUGCUCACAUGUAUGGAGAGAUCAUUCACUCCUCCGUCGUGUGUCUGCACAGCAAGUACCCUCAGGAGAGGUGUGAACACUUCCUGGUUUUAUUCUCCUUCCACCUGCUCAUCCUCUCCUUGGACCACACUAAGCAAGACUUCAUUUAUGAGGGACUACUUCCUCUUUCCGGACUUUCCUUCCGCAUCAUCCCCAUGGAGUGUGACAUCUCACAGUCACCUCACAUGUUUGAGAUCAGCAGCCGGAUGAUGGAGCCUAAGGUCUUCAUAAGUUCCACUGGUGCAGAGCUGCAGACAUGGAUGCGGCACCUAGAAGACCGGACAUACAAGUCCAAGACGCAGCCCAUGAGUCCUUCUCGCUGUGCUCUCUCCUAUCUAUUACCUUGUGAUGAGCACUGGAAAAGAGAGGAGCUGAAGAAGUACUUGAUGCAUGCUCCAAUAUGGGAGUGGGAGGGUUGCCCUAUACAGCACAUGGGACCACCAGCCUACUUGUCAGUUGUCCAUAUCAUCAAUACGCACAGACAGGGUCUCCACGAACGACUGAUGGUUCUCUUCCCUCAAGAUGUUCUGCUGCUGUCAGUAGACAACAAGCUGCUCAGUAUCACAUAUCAGGGCAGGCUACCGCGUCAAGGCAUCGAAGCCACAGAGAAAUCAGCCCAACCUGGACGACUUGAGUUUGAGCUUCGAGGAGCGCUGGUGGAGCCGCUGCAGGUAUCUUGUACCUGCAUGGAGGAUCAUCACAACUGGAUCUUUCACUUACAACAGCGAGACAAGAGCAAAGGAGUGGCAAGGAGACCAUCAUAACAAAAGAAGAAGCACACGCCAAUGGAUGCAGCUGAGUAUGCGGAAUAGUGUUUGGACUUAGCUGAAGGGAAGUGUGCAUUAUGUACAGGUACGAUGAGUAUGCAUAAACAUGGAGUGGACAUCUUCUCAAACCAACUUUGUUAAAUUCUUUAAAUCUUUUUGUGAGUUUAACACAACAAACUGCUUACAGACGAGAUCGAUUGAAUAUAUUCCAGUUUAUUUAAUGGUUGAACUGUUUAGUACUGUGUAGACUUCCAGCCUGUUGUCUGAGUAAUGCAAACAAAAUGGGGUGUCAAAUGUGGAAUGGGGGCUAGUUUGGAUGUUUUAUUGCAUAUUUUGUAUAUUUUGGGGGAAAUAAAAUGAUUUCUAAAUUGAUGAGAUGCCCCCCCCCACAUCCUUAAAUUUUUCUGUAUGUGGACAGAUACUGUACAAGAUUUCAUUUUGCAUUGGGGCUGAGUGGAGCAGUGACCAACCAGAGCCAGCAGAUGGCCCUCCACCUACGGUCGUGAGUGAUAAUCUAGUACUUGAUGCUUUUUUUUAAUGGAAAUACAACAUAUGACUAUGGCAACCCAAAAUACUCUUAAACAUAUAUUUAUUAUAUUCUCUAUGUAUUUAGAUCUAGUGGUCUGCUCUCCAAACAUGCCACAGUUAGAAAUGCUCCGAUCAGGGUUGUUUGCUGCCCAUUCCAAUAGCGGUCAUCCAUGACACCGAUCACAUGGAUAAAGUUUACAUUAACAUUUGGGCGGAUUGUCUUUUACGAAUACAUGGGAAAUGAACUGAUCACAAAAUAUUUAGUAGCUCAAGAUACCAAAAUUAACAGAAUAAAAUAGGACUAAUAAAUAUGUUUUUAAAUAUAAAUUUAUCCUGCUCAACUUAAAACAGAAUAAAUUCAGUGUCCAGCUUGCUUUCAUCACUAUUAGUGCUGUCAACUAUUUGGUUUCUUUACGACUGCCAAUAUUUAAAUUGUCAACGAUACUCAAAGGUUAGUACGUACAACAUGUAUGUGACAUCCACUUGUGGAUUCCUGUGGGACAAAAAUGAUUUUUUUUUUAAGGCAAAAUGUCAUUUGGAGUAUGAAAACCAGAAGCUAGGCGGAUAACAUUCGCUAGCUAGCACACAUGCCGCCAUCACACCGAUCGGUUUAGGUGAUUGGCUUUGAAAGGUGUCUAUCGGCAUAGGAUAUUACGGGAUUUUUAUGGAAAUCAGUGGCCAAUCGAUCGGAGCAUCCCUAGUUACAGUACAUAAAUGUUACAUCAAGGCAUCGAACCAGCAAUCUUCCUGAGUCACGUCGACUAGUUUUUCAAAAUAUAUAUUUGCGUUUGUGUCAAAUUAGGAUUGUGAGACCACUCCCAGUGUCUCUUCACUCAUCCUCGCCUUCCAGUUUCUGUGUGACACAUUUAAUGCGGAUGUUUUCCCGGAGGUUGCGGAGACGUGCGCUGCGGCUGGUGAUUUCCUCGAUGUAGGAUUUGGGGAACCAGCCCCGUUCCCCAUCAGACAACCUGAUGCCUUCCACCCAGCCUGGAAAGAACCACAGCAACAAUCCUUAGACGUUUUAAAUACUACAUUUUAUUAUUACCACCUGUCAUACAAUUUGGCGACUGUUAAUAUUAGGACGUAAAAACUCUAAAUCUUAACUUGGGGAUGGAUUGGCCAUCGGAACUAAACAGAUUUUAAUGUCAGAGGUUUUAUUUACAUUAAUAUUUAAAUCUGCCAGUGUAAUGGUUCAGAACACUUGCUUAACGGUCUAUGAAACGUACAUAAGAACAUGAACGUCUGCUAUUUUUACACUUUGUAAUCAUUUCUACCUAUAAUGGUAUAAUCUUGAAGUGGGGAACUGCACUUUUGGGGAAUUUUGCCCAUCAUUCACAAUCAGAACACAUUUCUUUUCCUGCCUCUGUGCAUACUAGCACGAGCAAACGAGUUGAUAUGAGCUAGCUAACAACGGACGUCCUGGGGAAAUACCUAUUUUGAUGCUAUAGCCCUCUUAUUGGAUUGGUCAUCGUUAACAUAAACUUUGUGUGGGUUUGUGUGUGUAUGUACGGACUAUUUCCAUGGGUAAGAGUUUACUUACCGUCACUUGUGAUGGUCUUGGCAUGAAGAAUGUCAGCCUUCUCCAGCGUCAACUCAUCAUGUUCCUGGGCCUGGUAACUUCUAAUGCACUGCACCUGGGAUAUGUCUGGGAGGACAACAUGGAGGCAUAAAUGAGAGCUACACAGAACGAGUGUUAAUGGUUGUUUUUCCAGCUGUGUACUGACCAUCAUUCUCACUGGCGUUCUCUAUGUCCUCCAGUGGAUCUGAUGGAAACAUGGCAGUGAUCCAUCGCUGCUUCCCGCUCCUUGGUGCACACAUAAGUACCAACAUUAAAGCUAAAGAAGCACCUCGUUCAUGUAUGACAAGCAACGAGUGAAGACGCACUCUGUGAGCGAUUUGAGCAGGAUCUGAUGUUUGAGCUGCUGUCCUUCAUACAGCUGGAGGUGGAAGAUGAAACCCGAGAUGCCCUGCAGCUUGUGACUCAGAUCCUUCACUUUCAGCUCUCCUAUCUUGGCAUGCACGAACACCAGGAACUUCCAAGUGCUGCAAGACAACAAAUAACACUCAUUUGUGCCAAUACAACAAGAGGUGCACAUGAAUGCCGACUCACUCUUUCCUCCUGGACAGCAGCAGGCAGUCAUUGAACAGAUGUAGAUACACUGGCUUGGUGGGCAGCUUGAGCUUGGAUCCAGAAAUACUCAUCGUCUGAGUGUCCACCUCCAGGAGCUCACCGUGCUUCACCAGCCAGCGAGACUGGGAGAUAAGAGGAAAGAUCUAGAAAGAAAGGAACUAAUGUGAGUAAACUGCAAACAAGAGACCGUAGAGCUGAUGAAGUGGUAUCACCUUGCCCUCAAAGUCAAUCUUCUUAUUGAGGUGGAUGAGUUCUUCCAUUCUCUUCAUGGACUGCACACUGCAGUUGCACUCUUUAAUCAUCUAAGACCACACAGUUACGCUCGUUAUUGCUGCUUAUUAUUUUCCUUAUUAUUAUUAGAUUGACAGGAAAUACCCUUUUCAGCUCAUUGAAAGCCUUCGUCGCCGUGUCUUCAUCUCGAGAACCCGGUUUCGUCCUCUUUAAGAUGUUCUGCACGGUAAAGGAGAAAGAAGGUGUUUGGCCGGUGCUGUGAUGACAUUCGCACGGUUGAAGUUGCAUUUCAUGUUUGCACUUGAAACUCAAUUACUGUCAUGUACCUCCACCAGCAUUUUAAGCCGCGUGAUCCUCUGGAAUGGCAGGAUUAGGAAGGAGGUCAGAGGUAGUCUUUGGCACACGGCGUCCUCCUCCAAACGAGCCAAGAUGAAAGGGAAACGGGGGCUCUCCUGCCUGAAAGCAGCAGAUUACAAAAAGGCAAACAAUUGUUACAAAUGUGAUUAAAAACCAUUGUACGGCUUGGAUGUGAUUCAUCUUGCAGCAUGUUAGGUCAUGCAAGCGUCAG